GCCAGAAAGAGUUCGUUGGGACGAAGACCUCUGUUUCAGGGGGGCAAUGCCCCGCGCACCGCCACGUGGCGACCGCUCACCGGUAGACGGUAGUUAUACGCGGUGCGCUGCUAGCCGACUCCACCACCCUCUUCGAUCCCAGUUCCUCGCGAGCCCAUCGCGGAUCCCCCUAUCUUUGCUCCGCCCCCUCCGCCCUCAAAAAUCCCACCACAAUCCGAACCAUCCGAUCGCUGCGCACCGUGUCGUCCCCCUAUGUAUACCCUCCUCCACGGCAUUCUAGUGGAAUUCCGUCCCGUACGUCCUCGGUUCUCCCAUGCGACGUGCAUUAGGGUUAGGAUGAAUUGGUUGGAAUAUGCGGAUGGUUGUAAUGUGUGAUUUGGGAGAUUAGGCCCGACGUCUAGUCGAUUGCAGCAAAGAUGGGCUGCUUUCAGUCGAAGGCUAGAAGGCAAUACCCAGGACACGAGGACCUGGUGCUUCUUGCCUCCCAAACAGCUUUCAGCAUCAGUGAAGUAGAGGCACUCUUUGAGCUGUUCAAGAGCAUCAGCAGUUCUGUAAUUGAUGAUGGGCUGAUAAAUAAGGAAGAGUUCCAGCUUGCAUUAUUUAAGAGCGGAAAAAAGGAAAAUCUCUUUGCAAACAGGAUCUUUGCCCUAUUUGAUGUGAAGCAAAAGGGAGUCAUUGAUUUUGGUGAUUUUGUUCGGGCACUCAAUGUAUUUCACCCAAAUGCUCCACAUGAAGAUAAAGUUGGUUUUUCAUUCAAGCUUUAUGAUUUGGAUGGCACGGGCUUCAUCGAACGGAAAGAGGUUAAGCAGAUGUUGAUUGCAAUUCUAUGUGAGUCAGAAAUGAGACUGUCUGAUGAGACUGUUGAGUUAAUCCUCAAUAAGACAUUUUUGGAAACUGAUGUGAAUCAAGAUGGGAAAAUAGAUAAAGCAGAAUGGGAAAAUUUUGUUUCUCGCAAUCCAUCUUUAUUGAAGAUAAUGACUCUUCCAUAUCUCCGGGACAUAACAACAACAUUUCCAAGUUUUGUUUUUAAUUCUGAGGUCGAUGACAUUGCCACAUGACAUUCUGCGGAUAUAACAAAGCAGCUGUCUACCAUCAAUACAUCUAUACAUGGCCAAGGAGAAAUUAUAUCCUACACCAUAUGCACCAUAUGGCGGUGCAUCACGCCAAUCAUCUCGUCUCUCUCUUGUAAGCGAUAAGAAGUCCAAGCACAUAAUGAAUAGAGCCCAUAGGAAUGAAAUGAGGUGAUUGGCAUGGGCCAUCGCCAUGUGGUGCAUGCGGUGUAGGGUAUAAUUUCUCUAGAGAAAAUGUAUGCCGUCCAUAUUUGUAUGAAUCAUCAGAGUAGGAUAUUUGUGGGAUUGCCUUCUCAUUGGGCAUACCAUGGUGGGUGUUUUUGGUCCCCUGUAUAUGCACCAUAUUGUGAUGUUCUCAGUUUUCCAUGUAAGUUUUAUUUUUUGGUAAGAUCCAUGCAAGUUUUAUUGAGGUCCCAAUUGUUAUACAAAUCCAGGUUGAUAUCCUCAUAUGAGAUGCUAAAAUAUUUU